GUGCUUUCCUCAUCCCAUAUUUCAUCAGUAUAUUUCUAGCUGGUAUCCCUCUCUUCCUACUUGAGGUGACUAUUGGCCAGAUGACACAUCGUGGAGUGAUAGCGGCAUGGAAUAUCUGUCCAUUAUUUCAAGGUAUUGGUUUCGCUUGUACGCUGAUCAAUUUCUUUCUCAACUGUUAUUAUACCGUGAUAUUAUCCUGGGCAUUUCAUUUCAUAUUCUCCUCAUUUACAACUGAACUCCCAUGGACUAAAUGUGGCCAGGAAUGGAAUACACCCGCGUGUACUGUAUUUUCAAAUCAACCGAUAAAUUUAGAGGUUUCACAACAUACUAUUAAUGUUACUAAUACUGCUAUGAGUAAUCAAAGCGUACUAGAAGUUGAUGCAACUACUGAAUAUUGGGAAAAUCGUGUAUUGCGUAUCUCUGAUGGAAUACAUGACAUCGGUACUAUUCAAUGGGAUUUAGCGCUAUGCCUUCUGCUUACAUGGGUUAUCAUCUAUUUUUGUAUUUGUAAAGGGAUUAAAACGUCAGCAAAAAUUAUGUAUGUUACAGUUCUUCUGCCUUACCUAUUCAUGUUUAUUUUACUUAUUCGUACUCUCCUGCUCGAUGGAGCGUCAGUCGGAUUAAUUCAUUAUCUGAAACCUGAUUGGUCAAAAUUGACAGAUAUGACAGUAUGGUCUGAUGCUGGAACGCAAAUCUUCUUUAGUUACAGUCUUGGUCUGGGUGUGCUGACAGGUUUUGGGAGUUAUAAUAAAAUACAUCACAAUUCUUUAAGAGAUUGUUGCUUAUUCGCCGUGGCCAACACCUUUACAAGUUUACUUUCCGGUUGUAUAAUAUUCGCUACACUUGGCUAUAUGUCGCAUAUAUCGAACAUUCCGAUGAAUUUGAUUGCAGAAUCUGGUCCAGGGCUGGGAUUUGUUGUUUACCCUAAAGCUAUCGGAACAAUGCCCUUCAGUUCACUUUGGUCGAUAUGCUUCUUUUCAAUGAUUAUCUUACUUGGGAUUGAUAGCAUGUUUGGUGGCGUUGAAGGGAUCAUAACAGCUGUGGCAGAUUAUUUUCCUAAAGCAUUUGCAAAAACAUGGAUUCGUUGCACGUUUGUUGGUGGUGUAUGCAUAGUCAACUACUUAAUUGGACUAUCAAUGGUCACCAAUGGUGGAAUGUAUAUUUUCCAACUGUUCGAUUAUUACAGUGGAAGUCGUAUUAUCCUGAUCGUAGGCUUACUGGAAUCAGCAGUCAUUGGAUAUAUUUACGGCUUCAAACGUAUCUCAAAUGAUAUGAAAAGGAUGUAUGGUUUUUCCCUGAAAUGGAUUGUAUUUUUAUUUUGGUGCAUACUGACACCGAUAUUCUCGUUAAUCUUAUUCAUCAUCAGUGUUAUCGUCUAUGAAGAAUUGACCUAUAAGCGAGUUUCAUCGAAUGAACCGUAUCAUUUCCCUGGAUGGGCUGUUAAAUCUGGUUGGCUUAUGGCCAGUUCCAGUGUAUUCCUGAUACCAAUUGUUAUGAUAUAUAAAGUGCUUACAACAUCAGGAACGUUUGUUGAGCGAAUUAAAACUUUGUGUUUGCCGAUCGUGGAAAAUGAAAAUGGACUAGUCGAAAUUCCUAAAUCGAGUAUCAUCAAUUCAUCAGGCAUUGUCAACUAUCACGAUGAUCAAAAUCAUUUUGAUCAACAAGGUUCAACGUUAAUAAUGGAGAAUUCAUCAUUAAAUGUAUCACAUUUAUAA